AGACUAAAGUUUAAAACAAAAAAAUUAAAAGCAAUCGCACCUGAAAGAGUGUAUUGUCAAAGCUUUUGUUCUGUUAGUGUCUUUGCACUUGCAUAUGAACUCUGCACAAAAGUGUAGUGUGAUAUUUAACCACUUGCAGAAAUGAAGAAUUGUAGCCCAAUCCAGGACAGAAAGCAAACAACUUUUACACAAGCCCAGUUUUUCAGCUGUUAUUAAAGUGUCUUUGCAGCUUUGUGCUGUGGCUGUAUCUGCUCCACAGCGUGGAGAAAGAGCAGUAAGUGAAGCAGAAGUGCAUUGCUGCAUGUGUAAAUGGGGAUGGAGCUGUGUGCUUGCACUGUGAAUCUCACUGCGCGAUCUUGACAGCUCUCCAUGUGACUUUGGCUUCCGUUGCUCUCUUGCUUCCGCAAAUACAUAUAGAGCUCUCUGCACACUAGCAGAGCACACUGGAUAGUCCGAGGCGAGGAAGCGGCUCAGUCUUCUCCAUCAGCUCGUGCUGCAGUGAUGGUGUGCAGUGGGGCAGGAGCACACCAACCACCCCGCCGCGUGAGCAUGAAAAGAUGCCGGGCAUCAGAGUCCUUCUCUACUUUGGCUUGGUGGCUGUACUGCCAGCUCUUUGCCAUCCUCAUACCCCCUGCACACUGACUCAAAGGACGGCUAUAUGUAACAGCCUCCGACUCUCUUCUGUUCCCAGCAACUUACCACAGCAAAUAGAAGAGCUUUUUUUAAAUCAGAACAUUAUUUUAAAAUUACAGAAUGGAUGCCUCUCAAGGUAUCCUUACCUUCAAACACUGAGCUGUGCAAACUGCCUUUUAAAUGCAGUAGAUGAGCAAGUGUUCUCCAGUUCACCUCUGAUAGAGAGCCUCAAUUUUGCCGGCAAUGAACUUCACAACGAGCACAAGCAGUUUGCCCAGUCUCUUGGUUCUUUGACCAGGCUACGAAUUCUGGAUCUUUCUGGCAAUGGGUUCACAGAGGACAUGGUUUCUGAGCUCUUACAGAACCUCACAAGUCUUGAGUUCCUGGAUUUGUCCGGGAACGUUCUACUGAGAUUGGACGAGUACACAUUUAGAGAUCUUCAUCAGCUCAAAGAACUGAAUCUAGAAAGGAAUAUUUUGUUUGAGAUUGAUGGCGCAUUUGAUCAUUUAAAAAAGCUCAAACGGCUUAACUUGGCAUUCAAUUCUCUGCCAUGCCUCGUUAAGUUUGAGAUGACCCAGUUGGUGGUACUAAAUGCCAGUCACAACCUCAUUGAAUGGUUCAUAACUAAUCAGAACCUCACAGAAACCUUUGCGCUGGAGACGCUGGACUUGUCUGAUAACCGGCUCCUGUAUUUUCCAUUCCUUCCAACCUACAAUUGCAUUAAAACACUGUUAUUACCCAAUAACCAUAUUGGCUUUUACAGUCAUCUCUCACAGAACACCUCUUCAAACUGGACCAACAGUGUUGAGUUCUACAAUUUGGGUGGAAAUGCAAGCAAUGUUACAGCAGAACUUUGGAGUGAUGACCUUCAUGGAGAUAUAUCUUCUGUGGAAUUGCUGGAUCUCAGUGUUAACCAGGUGAGAUACUUCCCUCAGGGGUUUCUUCAGAAAAUGCCUCAUCUCUACUGGCUGAGGAUGAGGAGCAACUGCUUAGAAUCCCUGAAUCUAACAGGGGAAGAUCUUCCUGUAACUGUGUAUGAGCUGGAUGUGAGCAACAACAGACUUACUGAACUGCAUGCACAUUCCAGAUCAGUGAGUGAACUAAAUAACCUUACACAUUUGAACCUGAGCUUAAACAACAUACAGAAGCUUCCCUCUAGAUUGUUCACUACUUUCCCUAGCCUCAGCAUUGUGGACCUCAGUUAUAACACAGUCGGUUUGUGCCAUCCUAAAGAGUUACGUAACUCAGACUCUUCAGCCUGUGCUCUUUGGACAAAUCAUUCCUCAUUAAAACAGCUCCACAUUGCUGGAUGCAACUUGAUCAAUAUUCCACCGUUAGCGUUCGAUGGCACACCACUAACAUACCUGGACCUGUCCAACAACCCAGACCUGCAUAUUGGCCAAGACUGUUUAUCAGGUCUCAGUGGGACUCUACAGCACCUAGGCCUGAGCAACACAGGUUUGCAGGAAUUUAACUUUUCUCCAUUUAAACAGUUAAAAUUUUUAAACAUCUCAAAAAACUUAAUAACAGAGCUUCCUAAAUCUCUAAUGACCCUGAACUUGAAGCUCCUGGACUUGAGGGACAAUAUGUUGUCCACUUUUAAACCAGAACAUGCUUCUGUGCUAGCUAAACGAGUGCAGAUUGCUUAUAUAAAUGGAAAUUAUUUCAACUGCUGCCAGUUAGAGUGGUACAGGACAUUUGAGGAGUCCAAAAUCCUCCAUGUUGCUGAUCUUUUAGAGGUUACAUGUGUAGACCUACACCAGCGGAGGCUAAAAGCUGGUCUUUUUGACUCCAUUCUUUGUGGGGGCAGAAGCACAGACGAAUCUAUUUUCUGGUACAUUUUGCUAUUUAUAUCCGUUGGUGUGUCCAUGGUGGGUGUCUCUGUCAUUUAUUUCCUGACUUUCAGACCAAGGCUACUGCCACGUGUAAUUAAAAAGAAAUGUUGGAAGCCCACAACCUAUUAAAAAUGCACAACAAUACAACUGGUCAAAUAAAUCUACAGAUGCUGAAAUCUGACUUUAAUCUGAGGACCAAAAAGGUCACCCUUUUUUUCUUUCUUUUUUUUUUUUGUAAUAAAACAAUUACAAGUGUCUUUUUUUGGCAAAUGGGAUACAGAUGUGCAUGAUUGCCAGCUUUGGUUAGAGACUCUGAACAGGAUUUGUUUUUGCGUAGAACAUUGGCACAGGCAAAGUUCAUUAAGGUCAGAUUUAAUUUUAGUUACAAACUAAAUGUAAUGAUCACAGACUAUUUGUUGGGAAAUGCUGCAAAUCAUGAAAUGAAUGGACUGAUUCAGUGUUCACUUAAUUGAAUUAAAACAGGUUUAAUGCUAUUGUUUUCUUUUACUACACUUGCAAAUACUUUCAGGAAGUGCAGUUCUGGUUUCAGCUUGUCUUUUCAUGUUUCGUUGUUUAGAUACUGCUAUGGUCAAAAAAAAGGUUGGGGGGGGGGGGGGGGCACAGUAUUUCUAUGUACAUUUGACAAUGUUCAUCAUUAACAUUAUACAUUUUUCUAAAUAUGCUUCCAUAUUCUAGGGCCAGCUCCAGCCUUAGUUUAAGUAAAAGAGAGUAAAGCUUUAAUUUAAAGCCACAAUGAAAGCAGUUUCCAACCACUUUAGCUUAUGGCAUGUUAUAAUUGUUUUUUAAAGCCGAUAACAGGGUUGUGGACUUUCACUGAGUUAUUUGAAAACAGAAAUAUCAUUUCAUUAAUGUAUGUACAUGACCUCAGAUGAUGUAUAUAUUAAAUCUGAACACAUACAUGCCUGCUUAA